UUGACACUAACAAGAGCCCUCUAUGGACAAACAUGUCAUCAACAACUUCCAACCGAAGACAUCAUCUAACUCUGAUAGCUGCUCUUGGUGUUUUGUGUUCAGUGGUACUAUUUUUUGUUUACUUUAAACCCUCAUCUACUGCAUGUUCAUCUCGGUUGGAGGAUUUGCCAUUUUUGGCAAAGGGAGAUGUUUCCUCACCUACCAAAAAGCCUGUGGAAAAGCCACUUGUGUUGCUCUGGUUCUGGCCACUGGGUGUGAGAUGGAAUUUUUCGUUCUGCCAAACCCAUUUCAACAUCGAUAGCUGUGUUCUGACAGAUGACAGAUCCCUUUAUGACAAAGCAGACGGAGUGGUUAUUUUUCACCAAGACAUCAGCUGGGACCUGAAGAACCUGCCUCAGUCUCCUCGUCCACAUUUUCAGAAAUGGAUCUGGUUUCAAUUGGAAUCACCAACAAAUACUGCCAGAAAACCAGGUGUGGAAAACCUCUUUAACCUCACUUUGGGCUAUAGACGAGAUGCUGACAUCACAGUGCGAAAUGAAUUGACAACCGUGAAGAAUGAAAAGGACAGUGAGUUUGUGCUGCCCAAGAAGGAUAAAUUGGUUUGUUGGAUUGUGAGCAACAACAAUCCUACAACUGGGACAGGAACCAGAGCAAAGUACUAUCAAGAGCUGGUCAAACACAUCAAGAUACAUCUUUUUGGUGCUGCUUUUACAGGGAGUCGUUUGAAGUAUGAGGACUAUUACUCAACCCUUGCUAGCUGUAAAUUCUACCUUUCAUUUGAGAAUUCAAUCCACAGAGACUACAUCACAGAAAAGGUGAACGGACCACUUGUAGCAGGAACCGUACCAGUAGUCUUGGGCCCACCCAGAGAGAACUAUGAAAAGUUUUUCCCAGCUGAUUCUUUCAUUCAUGUAAAUGACUUUACUAAUGCAAAGGCACUGGCUGACUUCCUUCUUCAAUUGGACAAGAAUGAUGAGAUGUAUGUAAGUUACUUCACUUGGAGGAGGUACCUUAAGGCCAAGCCCCACCUCCAGAGAAUAGAGCAAGAGUUUUCUCAACCUGUUUGUUUAGCCUGUGAAUACAUGGCAAGAGACAAAGGAUAUUAUAAAGUUUUCCACGACGUUUAUGAAUGGUACUUUGUUUGAGUGUUUAGCCAACAUUUUGUAAGCACAGAAAAGUUCUAUUUGGCUUACCUACGUAAUUUUGCUUUCUUUUUUUGUAUCAAUUCAAAGUGUGGUCAUUCAAGGUUUUUGGGUCGAUUUUAAUUUGUAUUUUUUGUAAAAACAUUUAUUAAGCACUUUGGAAUUAGCUAACACUGUAAACUGUCAGGGCAAAAUUACAUACUUACCUGAUUUUGUUUGAUAUUAAUAGCAAACAUUAUACAUUUAACUGCUAAUGCGAAGUUUUUAUGGUGUCCACUCUAGCUUCCUGCAGUUUGUCUGGGCAUCUAGUUAAGGAAAUGGGUUUCACUAGGGAUUGCUCGAGCUGACAAUGACUUGGUGAUAAACAUCUAAAAGCUGGCAUUCUAUAGACAAGAUGUGGUUGUUGCCCCAAGAUAGAGAGUUUAGAACAAUGCCUCAUUGUCUCAUCUUCCUGGCAUCUGGGAAGCUAAGCCGGGUUGAAUGUAAAACAUCCCCUGCAGAUGACCAGGAGAUGGACCAAGAUGGCUUAUGGGAAGGGUAGAAAUGACUGACUAUGCAUUUAGAGCCUAUAUAAGAUCUGUUUUUUGAUUAUCAGUUAAGCUCACAGCAACUCAACUUAGAGUGUGCGGUCAACGGUUUCAUUAUUGCAAUAAUUAAUCGAUGAUGAAUAAAGCUGAUUGUCCAAG